AUGUCGAAGGAGGUCCAUUACCUCGUCUGUGGCGCCGAGCUCAUUGCCGAGGCGGUUCUACAAAAACUCGAGAGACGACAAUUCGAGGAGUACAAACCCAAGUUUUGGGCACGCUACGUUGAUGACACCUUUGUACUCACCGACCAGAUUAAAAUCAACUACUAUGAGGAAGUACUAAACUCAAUCAUUCCCGAUCUACAGUUCACAUUGGAAGAGGAAGUAGGGGACAAACUCCCGUUCCUGGAUGUUCUCGUCUGCCGCCAACCAAAUGGCAAACUAGCCACGUCGGUCUACAGAAAACAGACGAACACGCUGCAAAUGCGCAACUACAACAGCAACCACCCGCUACAACACAAACGAAGCUGUGUCCGCACGCUGUACCGACGGGUGGAAACUCAUUGCAGCACGUCAGCUGCCAAGCUGGACAAGAUAAAGCUCCUCCGAGAACUCUUCAGAGCCAACCGCAAUCCGCGGGCGUUCAUUGAACGGAGCCGGAGGCAGCCAAAGAAGCGGAACGAAGAGUAUAGUUAG